CGCCCAUCCGCGCAAGACUACAAACCACCUGCGCCCAGCGACGACUUCUCACGGAACUCAGGACGACGACAGACCACAGACCACCACUGCUCUGGAGUAAAGCCGUGAAGGACGGAAAGAGGACGACGAAGGACUGAGCGUUCCAAGCGCCAGGCCGCCACUGCCCACCGCGGCCCGCCUCCACAGUCCGGUACUCCGCGCGGCUGCGCCCACUACUAUCCUAUUGCCGGCCGCCGGCGCAGGUCCAAUGUUUGUCUCUUAUAGGAUACGAUUUUACGAAAGGUAAGAAGAAUAUACCGAAAAGAAGUUUGGCAUUAUGAAGAAGUUGUCCAAGGCAACAUCUGUGUGGUCGUUUGGACGCCAUAAUUAUUAUUCGACGGCUGCUUCAAAUGCUGCCACGUUUUUCAACAAAUACGUAGAUAAGAGCAAUGUCUUCUCCUGGAACUCUGUCAUUGCCGAGCUAUCUAGGAGUGGAGAUUCAAUUGAGGCGCUUCGGGCUUUCUCUUCUAUGCGAAAGUUAUCUGUAACACCAAAUCGUUCGUCAUUUCCAUGUGCCAUAAAAUCGUGUGCUGCCCUUCGCGAUCUUUCUUCCGGCAGGCAGUUCCACCAGCAAGUUUUCAUCUUCGGGUAUGGGUCUGACCUUUUCGCUUCCUCGUCGCUAAUUGAUAUGUACUCCAAGUGUGGUGAGCUCAAAGAAGCAAGAUUACUGUUCGAUGAAAUUCCUAAACGAAAUGUUGUUUGUUGGACGUCUAUGAUUACAGGGUACAUGCAAAGUGACCUCCCCCGUGAUGCUCUCUUUCUUUUCAAAGAACUUUUGGUUGAAGAGAGUGAGAGCCUGGGAGAGAAGGAAGUGUAUGUUGAUGCAGUAGCAUUGGUUUCAGUUCUAUCCGCUUGUUCUCGGGUUUCAGGGAAAACUAUAACACAGGGGGUUCAUGGGUUUGCAAUGAAAAGGGGGCUUGAUGAGCAUUUGGGUGUAGGGAACACAUUGAUUGAUGCUUACGCCAAGUGCAGUGAGGUGGGGUUGUCAAGGAAGGUGUUUAAUGAGAUGUCUGAGAAGGAUGUCAUCUCUUGGAACUCAAUGAUCGCAGUUUAUGCGCAAAGUGGGCUUUCCUCUGAGGCAAUAGAAACGUUUCAUUUGCUGGCGAGAGAUCAAGAAGUUAAAUUCAAUGCUGUCACAUUGUCCACCCUGCUAUUGGCAUGUGCACAUGCUGGAGCCCUCCAUUCUGGGAAGUGCAUACAUGAUCAGGUCAUAAAAAUGUGUUUGGAAGAUAAUGUAUAUGUCGCAACCUCAAUCAUUGACAUGUAUUGCAAAUGUGGCAGACUAGUGAUGGCUAGGAAGGCAUUUGAUCGUAUGAAAGAAAAGAAUGUGAAGUCGUGGUCUGCCAUGAUUGCUGGCUAUGGGAUGCAUGGCCGAGCUAAGGAAGCUCUUAAUGUCUUUUAUGAGAUGAACCAUGCUGGGGUGACUCCAAAUUACAUUACAUUUGUUUCAAUCUUAACUGCUUGUGGCCAUGCUGGUUUGCUAAAUGAAGGAUGGCAUUGGUUUAGAGCCAUGGAACACAGAUUCCAUAUACAGCCUGGGCUGGAGCAUUAUAGUUGCAUGGUUGAUCUGCUUGGGCGUGCUGGCUAUCUCACAAAAGCAUAUAAUCUAAUCAAUGAAAUGAAGGUGAUACCAGAUUCUGUUGUUUGGGGUUCUCUUCUUGCUGCUUGCCGAAUGCACAAAAAUGUAGAGCUUGCAGAAAUUUCUGCCAAUAAAUUAUUUGAAAUAGACUCAACUAACUGUGGGUAUUACGUCUUGCUUUCACAUAUAUAUGCUGAUGCCGGAAGGUGGAAGGAUAUGGAAAGGAUGAGAAUUAUUAUGAAAAAUAAAGGGUUAACAAAAACUCCAGGGUUUAGUCUUGUUGAACUGAAAGGUCUGGUACAUGUAUUUCUGGUAGGAGAUAGACAACAUUGUCAACAUGAGAAGAUUUAUGCAUAUUUGAAUGAGUUGUCCAUAAAGUUGAAAGCCAUUGGCUACACACCAAACAUGACUUCGGUUCUUCAUGAUGUUGAUGAAGAGGAGAAAGGAUUGGUAUUACAAGUUCACAGUGAGAAGUUGGCUGUUGCUUUUGGGAUAUUGAAUUCUAUCCCUGGUGCAACUAUCCAUGUGAUUAAGAAUCUUAGGAUAUGUAGUGACUGUCAUACUACAAUUAAGCUCAUAACCAAGAUUAUUGAUCGGCAAAUUGUUAUUAGAGACUCCAAACGAUUCCACCAUUUCAAGGAUGGAUUGUGUUCAUGUGGGGACUACUGGUGAGGUGAUUAAAAUGGUUUAGUCAGAGGCAGAGAAGCACUUGUGGAACAUUUACUGUUGAGAGACUACUCGUGGAACACUUCGGUCAGUUUGGGAGUUGGGUUUUUGAGGGAUUUGGAGGGCCAAGUGUCUUGAUAUACAUGGCAAGUAAGAAUGUAGUUUUAUCUGUGGCAAACUACAGGCAAAGCAUGGAGGACACCUUGCCUUUUUGAAGGACUUACUGCAUCUAGCUUGUGUAAAAUAAGUGCAUCAUGUUAGGCAAGUCAGCAAGUGAAAAUGAGUUGACUUUAUAUGUGGAUCUGAAGUCACUCUUGGGGGCUGAAAGUUGUAAUUAAUGCAGAGUAUUAUGCUUUUAUUCUGUUUGCUUAAACCAGGAUGAAAAUAAGGCAUAAGCUCCACUUUUCAUUGCUGAACAGACAUGUAGUUGCAACAAGAGAGGAUGUUGGUACUACCCCCCUAAAGCCUUUUUCCUUGAGAAGCAUUUUGAGUCCAUAUUUCAAGAGUGUACAUGCAAAACUUUUGGUUUAUGAUUCCUCUUCUGAAGAACAAAUUAUUUCGGGAGUUCUUGAUUUGGUGACUGCGUACAUCCGACCCCCCCUUACCCCCCUCCGUCCCCUUUUAAAUGUCCCGGAAGAGGGCGACACGAGUUUUAAGAAAAGUGAGUUUGUAUGAUUGAUAAUAAUUGAUAAAGUAAGAAUAAAGUAAAAAUGAUUUUGAGACACAAACUUUACCAAAUAAGGUAUAGGACAAUUAAAUAGGGACAUCCCAAUAUGGUAAAAUGGGACAUUUAAAGGGGACGGAGGGGGUAUGUUUCAACAACAAUUGUAUGAAAUUCGAGAAAGUAUUGCGAAUGCAAUAUGGGAUGAUUAUGAUGUAUGAGAUGGUGAAGUCGUUGUUCUAAUCAAAAUAAUGUCAUUUAUUGAAGGGAGAAGGGAAAAAUAAGUCCUCGAAACAGCGAAGUAUAUUUUAGAAAAUCAUUUGACUGCCUUCCCGGUUUUAUUUUUAAUUGAAAUUUGGUAUGGGUAAUUUAGACUUAAUGAAGAAGA